AUGAGCGACGGUCGACCAUCCGCUUCUGCGUCGCUGCAGUCCUCAGUAGGCGUCACCUCAGCCGAAGAAUUAGCCGAGAAAUAUCAGAAACUAUUCUCCGAGUUCUCAAGGAUAAAAGCGCAACAUUCCGUCCUCAAGAAAGCUGUCAUCAAGGAACAAGAAACCAAUGCUGCAUUACAAGACGAGUGCAAAACAAAAGAACGUGAAUUACGAUCAUCGACUCAACAACUGGACCUCUUAACCUUUCACAAUCAACGAUUAACGAAGCGCAUCGAAUGUUUGCAAGAUUCGGGUGCUGCGAGGUUGUCACCUGGAUGGCUGGUGGGCUCGGCAAAGAAAGAGCUUGAAAAGUCAAAAGUCACCUUGGAAGUUACCAGCGUAGAGUUGACGCGAAAAAUAGAAGAAAAUGAAAAGUUACAUAAAGAACUUUAUGAAGUCAACGGUCUAUAUACCCAACAUGUGAAUGAUCUUCAGGCAAAGAUAGCGGAUUUGGAGAAAAAGACCGAAGACCUUCAGGAUGAACUGACGAGAUCGCAUAUUGCCAGCGAGGAGGCUCUAAAUACGAUACGUCAAGAGAAACGUGAACUUGAUUCUGAACUCGAUCAGACGCGAGCAGAACUUCGAAAAACCAAAUCACUCAUGGAGAAGAAUGAGCAGAAGCUGCGAGAGGGUGAUGACAUGUUAUGGUCUGAAGUGAUCACAACGCUAUCGAUAAAUCUGGGUCUAGAAGAAUCUCAAAUUAACCAAUUCAACGAUUUACAAGAAAAAAUAGACGAAGAUUCAAAUGUGCUCAUUUCAAGCUUCAGACAAUUGCAAUCUAGUACACGAGAUUAUUUGAAAUCACUAAAAGAGAAGUCUGCAUCGUCAUAUGCAAAGGGCUCAAAAGUUAAAGAGGCGAGCCAAAUAUGGCACAAGAAUUUACAAACUUUUGCAAUAAAACUAACAUCUGUUCAUAGUCGAAUGUCCGAGUUGAUGGUGGAGAAGGAGAAUCUUGUCAAAGUCACCGAGAAUGGCACGACGAAAGUUGCUACCUUGGAAAAGGAAAUCACCCGACUAAAGGAGGAACUAGAGAAGCAAAAAACAACCGAAAGUGAUCACGUGGGAAAUAAUGAUCAACAGAGUUGUGCAGGUAAUAACAAGGUCGCACAUGUUCCAAUCUCUACAAAGAUGGAAGAUAAUUCUGAUAGCGGUGAUGAUGCUCCGUUAUUAGUGAAUGGGUUUGAUGAUGUAACCGAAGCUUCGAAUGAGACGGAAGGAAUAUCUCUCGAGGAUCAGAAUAGUAAUUCUCACCUGGAAUCCAAGGAAGGUGGCUCUCCAAUCUCAUUCGAGCAUGUUCAAGAAAGUGAUGAUGAAGAUAGUUAUGAUAAUGGGUCUGAAGUAUUCAUUUAUGAACCGAGCACUAUUGAGAAGGAUAAUUUGGAAUCACAAAGACAAUCAAUCAAAGGGCCCUUGCAUUCAAUGGCACCGACUGCUUUGUCAACAUUGAUGAGUGAUGACAUCGAUACCAACGCACACAUUAAUGGAAACAUUCUUGCAUUGGAACAUGACAUAGGGCGAGUCACUAAAUCCGAGGAUGAGGCACAACAACGAGAAUUGCUUAUCAAAAAUCACUACGAAUCAAGAAUAUCGCAAUUGAACGAACAGGCAAAUAUCUUGCAAAUGGCUGAUAGCAAAUCAGUACGGUUACUGAAAUCCUAUGACAUCAUGAAAAGCAAAUUGGCCAAUUCAGAAAAUGAGAAGUUGCGAGCAAAUCAGGAAAUAUCAAGGCUACAGCAUGAGAUUGCUGUAAUGAAGGAGCAAUUUGCUGAAGAACGUGCAAGUAAUAGUAAACAAAUUGAAACAUUCACGGAAUUUAUUGAACAAAAGGACAGGAGGAUUAUUGAAUUGGAGCAAGAAUUAGAAGAAAGUUUCGUCGGAACUUCACGACAUGACUAA